AUGUCCGACCUCGACGUCCCGCAACAAAAGAAACGCAAGAUGACGCCCAGUCCGGAAGAAAACAAGUCCGACCUCGCCCCCGUCGCCGGCCUCCUCAUCAAGCGCCACUCCGACAAGGCACGGCUGCCCACCCGCGGGUCCCCACUCGCGGCAGGCUACGACUUGUAUAGUGCUGAGACGACGGUGAUCCCUGCCCGAGGAAAGGCACUUGUCGACACUCAGAUCUCCGUCGCCGUGCCCGCAGGCACCUAUGGACGCGUCGCUCCCCGAAGCGGCCUCGCAUCAAAAUUCAUGAUCGACACCGGGGCGGGCGUCAUCGACGCGGACUACCGGGGCGUCGUGUUCGUCCUGCUCUUCAACCUCUCCGACCAAGACUUCACAGUGAAUGAGGGCGACCGCAUCGCGCAGCUCAUACUAGAACGCAUCGUGACGCCAGACGUCGUGGAGGUCCAGGAUCUCGACGAGACCCUCCGAGGAGCAGGGGGCUUCGGGUCCACCGGCGGCCAUACCGCAUUGUGA